AUGGUUGUGAUCAUCCUCUCUGCAGUCCUGAUGUUGAUCUUUCAAUGCGCCGUCUCUGAAGUCGUAGAUGAUUUCAGUGAAUGCAGCGACUUCUUCUUAGACAAUCAGCCUCCACAGAUUCCUGGUGUUCUGGAAAGAGGAGAGUCACAAAACCACUACAAAACUAUCUGUCAGAGAUUUAAUAACGUGUACACCUUCGCAACGCUUUAUGACACAACAUCCAAAAUCCCAGUUUUCUCAGCCUACAGAUACAGUGGAAAAGGAAACUUCACCCGGAAUAAAGACCUGAAAAACCAAAACUGGACGACUGAGUCUCAGCUUCAAGAUAACGAGCAGGCAGCUGAUGAUGACUACAAGAAUAACACACUGAAUGUGAACCGCGGCCAUUUAUUUCCCUGCAGUCACGCAAAGGAUCUUGACACAGCCAAAUCUACAUUCACCCUCACCAACGCUGUGCCACAGAAAGUGAGAUUUAAUAGCGGCAGCUGGGCUCGUAUGGAAAACUUCACAAAGCAUCUGAUGGAUUCACACUGCCGUGACAAUAAUAAUAAAGUCUCGGCGUAUGUGCUGACGGGUGCCGUACCUGGAGACGAAACAUUAAAUAACAGAGUGAAUAUUCCCAAGAUGAUGUGGACGGCGUUCUGCUGCUACAACAGUAAGAAUCAAUCCUGGUUCUCCAAAGCACACCUGGCCCCGAAUGAAGAUGAAGAUGUGAAAGACAAAAAUAAAACGAUUCUGACAGAGAGUCUGAAGAACUUACAAGAUGAGCUGAAGAACACUUGGGUAAAAGGACUGAAGCUCUUUAAUGAGAAAUGUCUUAUGGGCGGCUGUGGGUCAGGUGUUAGAGUGGGUUGGCCACUAAUCGCAGGGUUGGCGGUUCAAUUCCUUGUGUGUUCUUGGGCAAGACACUGAACCCCAAGUUGCUCCCAAUGGCAGGCUAGCACCUUACAUGCAGCUCUGCCGUCACUGUGUUAAUGUGUGUGAAUGUGUGAAAGAGACACAGUGUAAAGCGCUUUCAAAACCACUAAGUGCUAUAUAAGUGCAGACCAUUUACAGAUAAACCUGUGUAGAAGGAAUCAUUCCUGUCAUCAAUCAGUUCAUGAACCAUCCAGUGAGACGUCAUGUGACAUCAGUCAGGUCCACACUGAAUCUGUGCUCACAGAAAUAAGAAAGAUCGGUCAUUCAUGAAGUUCUACCUUCUGCCCUUUAAUUGUUUGCUUAUGAAAUAUUUGAUCUCAUUAAAAAUGAUUCUUUGUCCUGAUCAUCAGGAUGUUUCAUCACUUUCUUGCUUUAUCGCUGCAUUCUCUAGUAAAGAGGCACAUAAGAGGAAAUCAUGUUAUAAUCGCUCUCGUAUCUGCUAAACAAUCUCUAAAGUUUGUAUUGUUGCUUUGAAACUUGCAAUAAAUGAAUGAAA